AUGAAUCCAAAUCGCCAGCAGCAAACACAGAAUGAUAUGUCAGAGAAUUCUACAAGGGAUAGUAGAAGGCCUCCUCUCCCUCAAUUGUCACCAUCGGAUCCAGUCAAAACGACGUCCUUCAGAAGUCCACUAUUCUUGACCAAAACCAGAGAGAGGAUAUCCGACCCGGUUAUUGCAGCGUUCAUUGCAGGAGGCGUGGCUGGUGCUGUCUCCAGAACAAUUGUGUCACCUCUCGAACGCCUCAAGAUCUUGCUCCAAAUCCAGACAGUUGGUAGAGAAGAAUAUAAGCUAUCUAUAUCGAAAGCCCUCUUGAAAAUAGGAAAAGAGGAGGGUUGGAGGGGAUUCUUGCGCGGCAAUGGUACAAAUUGCAUCCGCAUAAUACCUUAUUCAGCUGUCCAAUUCGGGAGCUAUAACUUUUACAAGAAGUUCGCAGAACCCUCUCCGAAUGCUGAGUUGUCACCAUUUCGUCGUUUGAUAUGUGGAGGAGCCGCUGGAAUUACUUCGGUCACCAUUACUUACCCUCUUGAUAUUGUCCGAACCCGACUUUCCAUCCAGUCCGCCUCUUUCGCAGCACUCGGUCAAAGAGGCUCUUUUGAAAAACUACCUGGAAUGUUUACAACUAUGGUUCUUAUAUACAAGAACGAGGGUGGACUCGUUGCUCUAUACCGUGGCAUCGUCCCUACAAUCGCUGGCGUCGCUCCAUACGUGGGUCUAAAUUUCAUGACAUAUGAAUCAGCCCGCAAAUACUUGACACCGGAUGGUGAUAAGACACCAAGCCCGUGGCGGAAGCUCCUUGCAGGUGCUGUCUCUGGGGCCGUAGCUCAAACAUUUACAUAUCCAUUUGAUGUCCUGCGACGUCGGUUUCAGAUCAACACAAUGUCCGGAAUGGGAUAUCAGUAUAAAUCCGUCUGGGAUGCCGUGAGAGUCAUUAUGGCCGAAGAAGGACUGAGAGGAUUCUUCAAAGGGAUCGUGCCUAAUCUCAUGAAAGUUGCUCCGAGUAUGGCCAGUAGUUGGCUCAGUUUUGAGUUAACGAGAGAUUUUCUUGUUGGCCUAAGUGAAGAAAUAUGA